CUCCUACUUUGUGUUCCGCCAUAGUGUACGGACUGUGGUCAGGUUGUAUGAUAUGUAUGAGAUAUAUGAUAUAGAUGCAUUCAUAUAGAGCUAUAUGAUAAUAUGAUAUGUUUUGUUUUGAUGUAUUUACUUUGAUAUGUGUUAAUAUGAUAUGUUUUGUUAUGAUAUGACUUCUGUAAUAUGAUUUCUGUAACAAUAUCUGGCCAUUGAUUGUAUAGUACCCGGAUGUUCGCUUUGGGGUCCUCCCUCGGGACUGAUGGUGUACGCCUCUGAUAUGUUCUGGUUCCGCUUUGAGGUCCUCCCUCGGGAACACGUGCGUUGAUUUCCGCUUGGGGUCCUCCCUUGGGAAUGACUGCGUACGCCUCUGAUAGGUUCUGGUUCCGCUUUGGGGUCCUCCCUCGGGAACACGUGCGUUGAUUUUCGCUUGGGGUCCUCCCUCGGGAAUGACUGCGUACGCCUCUGAUAUGUUCUGGUUCCGCUUUGGGGUCCUCCCUCGGGAACACGUGCGUUGAUUUCCGCUUGGGGUCCUCCCUUCGGAAUGACUGCGUACGCCUCUGAUAUGUUCUGGUUCCGCUUGGGGUCCUCCCUUGGGAACACGUGCGUUGAUUUCCGCUUGGGGUCCUCCCUUGGGAAUAACUGCGUACGUUUCUGAUAAGAUAUGUGUAUAUGUUUUGUUUAGUUAUGAUAUUUGAUUACAUGACAUGUUUUAUGGGAUAUGUAUGAUGAUUUUGUAAAUGAUAUUUGUUACGUACGUUGAUUUCCGCUUGGGGUCAUCCCUUGGGAACGAUUGCGUACGUCUCUGAUAUAACACGUUUGUUCUGAUAUGAGUAUUGUGAUGAUUUUUGUAAAAGAUAUUUGUUACGUGCGUUGAUUUUCGCUUGGGGUCAUCCAUUGGGAAUGAUUGCGUUUGUCUUUGAUAAGAUAUGUAUAUAUGCUUUGUUCAGUUAUGAUAAUUGCUUAUAUGAUGUUUUGUAUAUUAUGUAUCUGACUGUCAUGCAGGAAGUGAGCCCAGGGUAUGGAGGGUUUUCCAUAAACCUGGAGUUUACUAGAGAUUCGUCUCUAACCCCGUUUGGGGAUAUGAUUUCAGUAACACAGUUAAUUGAAGAGCCUCAUGGGACCAGGACACUAACCGUGGCUAGAGGUCUUUUAGUAUCAUCCAGCACAAUUGACAUUAUAGCUUCAUACUGCAUUGGCGUUUAUAAAGGACUAUUGCAAUUUUUUGGCGUGAAUAGAGCUUGGAGAUACCAUGGAAUUGACGUUGAGAACGGAAAAGGCACGGGAAGGUAUCUCCUACCAUACUUUAUUGUCAGAUUUGUAUUGGGUGUCGUAGCUUUCAUUGUACUGUUAAUCUACAAAUGGGGAAGAAGACAUACAUCAAACUAUGAAAAUAUCGAAGAUUUUCUGCAAGAAAAUACCUUCAUGCCAAUAAGGUACUCAUACAAAGAAAUAAAGCAGAUGACCAGAGGUUUUAAAGAAAAGCUGGGUCAAGGAGGGUUCGGUAUGGUGUAUAAAGGAAAGUUACGUAGUGGGCCAUUUGUAGCCAUAAAGAUGUUGAGUAAAUCAAAGGCUAAUGGGCAAGAAUUCAUCAGUGAAGUCGCAACCAUAGGUAGAAUACACCAUGCCAAUGUGGUUCGACUUAUUGGAUUUUGUGUUGAGGCAUCAAAACGUGCCCUUGUGUAUGAAUUCAUGCCCAAUGGCUCUCUUGAUAGACAUAUUUUCUCGAAAGAGGAUAGUAUUUCUUUAACUUACGAGCAAAUAUAUGAGAUUUCUCUUGGAGUGGUUCGUGGCAUUGCUUAUCUGCAUCAAGGCUGUGACAUGCAGAUUUUGCAUUUUGACAUCAAGCCCCAUAACAUCCUUCUUGAUGAGAACUUUAUCCCUAAGGUUUCAGACUUUGGCCUCGCAAAGCUUUAUCCAAUAGACAAAAGUAUUGUGACUUUGACAGCAGCAAGGGGAACAAUUGGAUACAUGGCUCCUGAAUUAUUCUACCGUAAUAUUGGGGGAGUAUCGUACAAAGCUGAUGUCUAUAGCUUUGGAAUGCUUUUGAUGGAAAUGGCAAGCAGGAGAAAAAACUUGAACAAACAAGCAGAGCAUUCAAGCGAGCUUUUCUUCCCUCUUUGGAUUUAUGAUCAAUUGAGCAGAGAAAAUGAGUUGGAAAUGGAAGAUAUUACCGAGGAAAAGAAUGAUGAGGCAAAGAAGAUGUUCAUAGUUGCAUUAUGGUGUAUACAGUUAAAACCAAGCGAUCGUCCUUCAAUGAACAAAGUAGUAGAGAUGCUGGAAGGAGAAAUUGAGGGCAUUGAUAUGCCACCAAAACCUUCCUUAUAUCCACAUGAAAUGAUGCAAGAGGAUCUCACAACCAACUCAGACCAAACUCUAUCAGACGAUUCUAUUGGUUCUACAAGUUAUCUUGAGGAAAGUUAUGUUCAUACUUUAUACAAGUAUUCUGCUUCAUAAUUGUAAUUAAUUUGAUUUUACAGUUACUUCUUUUGCCAAAUGCAAAACAUAAAUUCGUCGUAGCUUUAGUCAAAGAUGAAUAUGCUCCAAACAUAACCUUUAUAUGAACAAAACAUGUUACUUUCCAGUCCCAAAAAAAAAAUAAAAAAAUUGUAGUUUACU